GAUUCCCUUCAUGUCUAAGGAAGUCCUUGACGACGACGCCGUCCUCAGCGACGUCGACGACGACGACGCAAACACCGCGCCCGCCUCCUCCGGCGAGCCUCCCUCAGCCGACGACCGCUGCCGCGUCCACAACCUCCUCGCCGAGCUCGAACAGGAGCGCCGCGCGCGGAAGGCCGCCGAGGGCGAGCUCUCCCGUCUCCAGUCCACCCACAACCGCCUCAAGGCCUUCGCCCAGGACGUCAUCCGGAAGCGCGACGACGCCCUCCGCGAGAAGGAGGACACCGCCCGCUCCGCCGCCCGGGCGGCGGUGGAGCUCGCCGAGGCCGUGAGGCAGAAGGACGCCCUCCGGUCGGAGGUGGAGUCCGCUGCCCAGAUGCUGGUUUCCGGCAUCGAGAAGUUUUCCGGAAAAGUCGCCGACUUUAAGAAUUUCUCCGCCGGCGGCUUGCCGAGGUCGGAGAAGCACACUGGGAUGCCGGCCGUGGCCUACGGCGUCGUCAAGAGGGCGGACGAGAUCGUGGAGGAGCUCGUAAAGCAGAUUGAUGCGGCGGCCAAAUCCAGAGAUGCAGCUCGUGAGCAGGUGGAACAGAGGAACUAUGAGAUCGCCAUUGAGGUCUCAGAGCUUGAAGCAACCAUUGGCGGGCUUAGAGAGGAGGUCUCUAAGAAGGGCUCUGAGAUUGAGAGACUGGAGAAGUUGGUUACCGAGAGGGAUGCCAAGAUUUAUAUCUUGGAGAUGGAGAAUUCAAAGCUGAGGCAGUUUAGCGAGGAUUUUGAUAGCAAAUCGAGAAGUUUGGAGACCAAAAUACAGUCACAGAGACCAUUGCUUAUCGGUCAGUUGAAUCACAUGUCUAAGGCUUAUGAACAGAUUCACGAUAUUAUUCGAAUUGCAGAUGCAGGGACAUUGGAUCAGUCAGAAUUGUUGGAUUCUUUGUCUCUGGGCAAAGAGAUGGAUGUGGAUGAGAAUUUACAAACUUUGUUUGAAACAUCAGUUUCUAUUUAUAAGCUGGCCAAGGUUGCUGUGCACAAAGUAAGGGAAAAAAUGGAAGAGAAAGGACAGGAGACAAGAGUUUUGAGGGAUAAAGUUGAUGAGUUAUUGGUGGAGAAGCAGCAUGUGGGUACCUUGCUUAGAAGCGCCUUGUCAUCAAAGACAGAUAAGGUGUUGGAAAUGGCAGAAAAUGUGCUGAGAGAGGCUGGGAUAGAUUUGAGACUCAAUGGCCAUGGGAGGCAUGGUGUGGAGGAGAGAGAAGAUGAUGAUGAAGUCUAUACAUUGGCUGGUGCUUUGCAGAAUACUGUGAAAGCAUCUCAACUUGAGAUCGUUGAGCUGCAGCAUUUAGUGGAAGCACUAAGGGCAGAGUCUAGCCUACUGAAGGCACAUGUGGAUUCUCAAGCAAAAGAGAUUUCUCAGCAGAAGCAACAAAUUAAGGAACUUAAGGAGAAAGAUCAGAUGGCAAAUGAAAGUGUUGAAGGCCUGUUGACGGACAUUGCAGCUGCAGAAGAAGAAAUUGUAAGAUGGAAAACAGCAGCAGAGCAAGAAGCUGCAGCAGGCAGAGCUGUUGAACAAGAAUUUCUCACACAGUUGUCAACUCUACGACAGGAGUUGAAUGAGGCAAAACAAGCCUUGAUCAAUUUAGAGAACAAGCUCAAGUUUAAGGAAGAGACUGCAGCUGCAGCAAUGACUGCAAGAGAUGCAGCUGAGAAAUCAUUGAGACUGGCAGACCUAAGAUCGACGAGGCUGAGGGAGAGGUUGGAGGAGCUGACGCAGCAGCUUGAAAAAUCUGAUAAUACAAGUGAUUCGAGGAUUCAGAACAGUCACAGAUAUGUAUGUUGGCCAUGGCAGUGGCCGGGGUUAAACUUUCUAAGAUACCAUACUGAUACACAGGGAAGUUCUAAUGAGAUGGAACUCUCAGAACCCCUUAUCUAAUUUAUAAACAGAAGUGAGCUCUAGUAAUUAUGAAUAGGAAAUAAUUCUAAGGAAAUUUUUGUAUUCUUUGUUAGCAUUUCCGACCUAAAGUUAGGAUCUUGCCUCCUGUAAUCUUUGAUGAACGAACUGAAGGGUAGAAGUGUGCAAAGUCAAUGAACAAUUAGAAUGUGUUAAAUUCUUUUUCACGAGUCCGUCUCAAAUGCCA